AUGGCGGAUCAAGAGGUAGUCGCGGCUGAACCGGUGUGCGAAGCGCCGGUGGCGCCGGCCUCCUGCGAAGGGGUAGCCGCGACCGAGGAGCCGGCCCCGGAGACGUCGUCAACCGAUGAGCCGUCCAACGAGGCAUCAGAGACGCCGGUUGAAGAGCCAGCACAGCAAGAAAGCAACGAAAGCGAGCAGCCAGAGCCACAGGAGGAGGACCAGCGCGCGUCGAACAAACAUUCCACACCUGCGGAUGACCAGGUGAAGUUCUUCGUCGGAGGCUUGCACCCAUCUGUUGAUGAAGAGGUCAUAAAGGGUCACUUCUCGAAGUAUGGACGGAUCGUUUCGGUGCAGAUCAUGCGCGACUUCUCCACAGGGCGCAGCAGGGGCUUCGGUUUCAUCACCGUCGUCACCCAGGAUAACACGGAGAAGGUGUUCACGGACGAUCACAUACUCAACGGUAAAAGGGUGGAUGUGCGCCACAUGCAACAGGACCCCGGCUCCACCAUCAAACGCAAGAUAUUCGUCGGUGGGAUCUCUAAGGCACUCAGUGAGCAGAUGCUUGAGGACUAUUUCGGCAGAUUCGGGACGAUUGAAAAGGUGAUAAUAAUGCGUCAAAUCGACGGUAGCUCGCGCGGCUUCGGGUUCGUUGUCUUCGCGGUGGACGGCGCUGCCGAAAAGGUGCUGGAGUCACCGAGCCACUUCGUGUACGGCUCUAAGGUCGAUGUUCGCGCUGCUGAGACUCGCAGCAGACAAUCUUCGAACCGCCCCGAUGCUUACUUCAAAACCCUGGCGCAAGGCAUGAAAGUGAACGGACAUGAUAACAUAAAGGGAAUGCCUUACCCACGUUCGCAUCACAUGCAACCGCCGAUAAUGCCCCCUCCGUCAGCAGCUCCGGUUGUCGGUUACGACCCACAGAUGCUCCAGCAACACAUGAUAUACCAGCAGUAUGCCAUGCAAACGCAGUACGCGUACUAUGCACAACAGGGUGGUGCCCCUGGCGGCAGGGACCCGUCCCGCUACCUGCCUCAUCGUCCAACCAACUUCGGAAACCAGCCAUACAGCCAGAACAACAUUGCACGCUCCUACCGACCAAGACCGUAUUGA